AUGGCUCGGAGGAGAGCUUCAGGUGGCUGCUGCUGUCCCCGAGCACCUAUGAACGAAGACAAUGCUCGCUUCUGCCUGCUGGCUGGCCUCAUCCUUCUCUACUUAUUGUGUGGGGCAGCCAUCUUCUCAGCACUGGAGCAUCCCUUUGAGCUCCGCGCCCGAUUAUUAUGGAAACAGCAGCUGGACAACUUCACCAGGCGGUACAGGGUCAACCUGGGCGCCCUGCACACUCUGUUGCGGCAGUAUGAGGAAGCAAAUGGAGCUGGAAUCAGAGUGGACACAUUGAGGCCACGGUGGGACUUUUCUGGAGCUUUUUACUUUGUGGGCACUGUGGUCUCCACUAUUGGUUUUGGCAUGACCACACCGGCAACCAUAGCAGGAAAAAUAUUCUUAAUCUUCUAUGGUCUCAUUGGCUGUGCAGCCACCAUUCUCUUCUUUAACCUCUUCCUAGAGAGGAUCAUCACAAUGUUGGCUUACAUCAUGCGCUGGUGUCAUGAGCGUCGGCUGAGGUGUGGUGCAGUCAGAGUGAUGUCCAGCAGGGAAGAGUCAUCGGGAGAAGAGGACAGCCUUGAAGGCUGGAAACCCUCAGUUUAUUACGUGAUGUUGAUCCUGGGAGUGGCAUCCGUUGUGAUUGCAUGCAGUGCCUCCACCCUGUACAGCUCUAUGGAGAACUGGAGCUAUGUAGACUCUCUCUAUUUUUGUUUCGUGGCCUUCAGCACCAUCGGGUUUGGAGACCUGGUGAGCAGCCAAAGAGAGCAGUAUGAAUCUCAGGGGGCCUACAGGUUUGGAAACUGUCUUUUCAUCUUGAUGGGAGUGUGCUGCAUCUACUCACUUUUCAACGUCAUUUCUAUCAUCAUCAAGCAAACUCUCAACUGGAUCCUGAGUAAGUUGGUCUGCUCAGGGAGACAUAAGCUCUGUUCAUGCUCUGUACGUGGUUGCUGGUUGCUCUGCUGCCCCUGCCUUCUGAGUAAAAAACACAACCAGAGGCAUCUGCCUGCACAAUGGAGAUCAAAAUGCAUGAAACGCAAUGCAGUCCAGCCCAUGCCAUCCCAGUACCCUGCAGAAAGGCACCACUACACAGAUGGUUCUAUAGAGACUGUGUACGACAGUGAGACGGAUGCCGGUACAGUUGCAGAAGUUUACGUGGGGCGUCGCCUGUCGGGAGAGAUGAUCUCUGUCAAGGAGUUCAUGGUCUCCAAUAAGCUGUCUCUGGCAUUGCUGCAGAAGCAGCUGAGCGAAACAGCUCAUCAGGGCCCGCGGCAAAGCUACAGCCAUCAAAAUGGAUUCUCUGGUGGGGUGGGUGCCUUGGGUAUUAUGAACAACCGCCUGCAAGAAACCAGUGUAGACAGAUAG